AUGUGCCGAUUUCUUAUAUACAAAGGACGUAAUGAUAUUCGUCUAAGCAAGUUGAUUACAGAACCCAGUCAUUCUAUCCUCACUCAGUCCUAUGAUUCCCGGUUAAGAUUGGAUAAUCGGCGCCCAGUGAAUGGUGACGGCUUUGGAGUUGGCUUCUAUACAGACCCAAAAUUGGGCCCGGAGCCUUGCAUCUUUACAUCCACUUUGCCAGCAUGGAACUGCGAGAACCUGGAGCGACUUGCAUCCAAGACUUGCUCAAACCUGAUUUUUGCCCAUGUUCGAGCAACCACAGAAGGUGCUCUUGCAGACAAUAACUGCCACCCGUUCCAGCACAACACCCUGAUGUGGAUGCAUAACGGUGGCAUCGGCGGGUGGAGUUACAUUAAGCGCACGCUGGCCAGCUCCCUCUCAGAUAAAUGGUAUUUGGGCGUCAAGGGUGGUACAGAUAGUGAGUGGGCGUUUGCGCUAUUUCUCGAUCUGCUCGAAAAAGAAGGUGUCGAUCCCAGCUCCGAUCCCGGGCCUGAGGGCUUUGGCCAGGCACUCCUGCGCAAGGUGAUGAUGAAGACCAUUGCCAAGAUCAACGAGUUUGUGCAAGAAAUCCCAGAGAAAUACAAAGUCACCGGCGUUGAGACCCGGAGUCUCCUGAACUUCGCGGUCACGGACGGCCACACGGUUGUCUGCACCCGCUAUAUCAGCAGCAAAACGGAUGAGCCUGCCAGUCUAUAUUUCUCAUCCGGGACCAAGUGGAAAGAAGGCAAGACGAAGGGCCACUUCAAGAUGGAGCGCCAUGACAAGGGCGCCGAUAUUGUGCUGGUAGCGAGUGAGCCAAUCACCUUCGAACGACACAAUUGGGUCUCGGUUCCAACCAAUUCUGUGGUCACGAUCCACAAGCAAACGGUUAUGCUACAUCCGAUCUUGGACGAGUUCUACGGCGAGAAUCUGAACCAUGAUCGCUCGUCCUGCUAUGCCGUUUCCAAAGGUCUCGUCAGCACCGCACCCGGCACCACUGUUCCGCUUUCUAAUUCCAAAGAAACAUGGGCGUCUUCGACAAGUAAUGCAACCCGGGAAGGCAAUGCACCUGUUUUUGAAGAACCUCGCAUCGGCCAUGCUGCGGAGUGUGCAGUAUCCCACUAA